CUAGGUGGGCUGAUGAAUGUGAGCAGGCGCUGGCUGCUGAACCCAAGACCAAGGACCCCUUCGCUCUUGCUCAAGAGUACCUUUGUGUUGGAUGAAUUUAAGUGCAAAUAGUCCAGUAAGGACACACUAUGCGGCACUGCCAUAUUUCUGGGAGCACUUCAAUAAGGACAGCUGGUCGAAGAACUUACUCAGACCUUCAUGAGCUGCAAUCUCAUCACUAGAAUGUUCCAGCGACUGGACAAGCUGAGGAAGAAUGCCUUCGCCAGUGUCAUCCUCUUUGGAACCAACAAUAGCAGCUCCAUUUCUGGAAUCUGGGUCUUCCUAGGCAAGGUGCUUGCUUUUCCGCUGAGUCCAGAUUGGCAGGUAGACUACGAGUCAUACACAUGGCGGAAACCGGAUCCUGGUAGCGAGGAGACCCAGACUUGGUUCGAGAGCACUUUUCCUGGGAGGGGGCCUUCCAGCAUGUGGGAAGCCUUCAGUCAGGGCAAGCUCUUCAAGUUAACAUCUCUUGCCAUCGCCUAGCUGCCUGCACCUGCCCUUUAGGGAGAUAGAGGUCAUUAAAGGAAACUGAACACUG